CUCUCUCUUGCUCUCUCUUUGCUUUUUUGCCUGAUUUUUUUUGUUUUUUCUUAGAAAAAAAUUGUUUGCGUUUAUUUGCAUUUUUCACUUUCUCUUCUGCAUUUCAGUUAUGUUUUCUGUUCGUUUACUCAGAAAAUGAUACCACUUUUUUCUCUCUGUUAAUUUAUGUCAGUUCUGCUUGAUCCUUCCAUUAUAACCUAGAUUUUGUCUCUCUCUCUUGAAUUGUAGCUUUUGUGUGAGCUUGACAUCAUUAGUAAAGGCCUUCAAUGGACCCUUUCUACUGGAAACCUUCAUAUCAAUCGGUUCAGAAUGCAGAGUAAAGGCGUGACACAGAUUCCGGGGAGGAUGUCCUUUAUUGGAACUUUGGGCUUUAUGACAAAAGUCUCACAACAGUUUGAUAAGUCUCGAAAAGUAGGUGGACCAAGGGCCUUGCAUCCUAGCCAGUGCUAUUGCUUGGGGGUUGAAGACAUGGAGCUACUAUUAGGAGAAGAGCUUCAUACGCCAAAUUCAUUCCUGGUUAUGUUAAAUGGGCUGAUUCUUGGCAAACAUAGAAGGCCACAGGUGGUUGAAAAUUAUAAAGAUUUUGCAUUCUUAGACUAUGCAAGAGUUGGUAGGGCAUUGGCCUUAUACGAGGUUGGAGACGAAGAAGAAGCUUUUGUAGAGAUGGAAGAUGUUUCAAUAUCUUUAAAGGGAUAUCCAGGUUAGCUUGAGUGCCUUUGCUUUUUUGUUCUCUGAGCUUCUUCAGUACAAUCAAACUCGGGUUGACAACAUUGCUGAAUUAGAAAGAAGGCUGGAGGAUGCAGGGUAUGCUGUUGGGGCUCGAGUUCUUGAACUUUUAUGUUGUUGGGGUUUAUCUGAUCAUUUGGUUUUGCAUCCUUUAGAUAUUGAACGUGUAGUAGAGGAUUCAAUCUCUUCAAGCUGGAAAAGCCCAGGCUUAGCACUUCUUCAAGUGGAGUGUUAUUUAAUGUUGCAUUCCAUGGUCGUUUAUCUUAGUCGGAACUUGAAUUUGGUGUUAUUGAAACAGGGUUUUGUAGCUACCUUGUGUACUAGCUUCUUUAACCAUGAUUGUUAAUUAUUACGUGUUUUUUAGUUUCUUUUAUAUUUGGCCGAGUUAAUAUAGAUCAGAUGAGCUGUGAGGUAGAUUGCUCAUUUAUUUGAACAUAAUAUUUUAAUCUUAAAUUUAAAUUCAUUAAUUUGUA